AUGCGUGCCCUUGGUUUAUUGGAAAAGUAUCAAGUUUCUAAGCUACUCACUCACUGCUAUGGGUCUGUAACGCUUACGGCGAUUCUGGAACAUGAUGCCCCUGUUGGCGAUAUCCGACAGUUUUACCUCGCCUGGUUGUAUCCAGCCAUAGUACGACUCGUUGCCAAGCACCCUCUGCUCACUGCCGUUGUGCAAGACGCCGACAAGGAAACAGCCCAUUUUACCAUUGUCUCUGAUUUCAACCUUGAGUCCAUCGUCACGUUUGACGAGCUGCAGUAUUGGGAACCGAAUGAGCAAGCAAAACGAUUGGCCGAGCAAUGCGACAAGGAAUUCGACUAUGACGAUCACAGCAUUCCACUGUGGCGACUUCACAUUGACACCCACCCUGAUCGACCCAAGGAAUGCAGUAUUACUUUUGCUGUGCAGCACGUGAUUGCCGAUGGCAGGAGCUUGGCUAUCUUUUGGCAGGACCUACUCGAGUAUCUCAAGGAUGGCAACAAUGAAGCUGCUUCACCACCAUUUGUGUUGCGAGGCAACAAGGAGAAAGCGAUCGCACCUGCUUAUGAGCAUCGAGGAGCACCACGAUACACCAUAAUGGAAAAAGUGCGUUUAUUGGCAGGACAUGUGAUGCCAUCAUUGUUUGGUGAGAAAAAGAGCGUGUGGCGUGGUGAUCGUCCUUCGGUGAUGGAUCGUUCCAAGGUAUGCCAUGAUUCGAUUGUUCAAGUGAUACGAGUCGACCCGGCCAUUUGGAAGAAGAUUUGUGCAACAGCCAAACAACAGCACGGCAUUACCCCGCAUGCUGCCAUCAUGACCGCCAUCAUGUUGACGUUUUCACAAUUGUAUCCCAAGGAAUCAGCCGUCAAGUCUAGCACUCCCGUCAAUUGUCGUGGUAUGGUGAAUCCACGUAUCCCUGAAGAUGAGAUUGGCAACUUUGUCGGCUCCUACUCUCGCAUUUGGACAUCUUCUGAUUUCAAGGAUAUUACAUCAUUCUGGAAAGCUGCGAAGGCAUAUCAUCAAGGAUUACAAGCCAACAAAAAAGAGGCUGCCAAAGAAGUAUUCCAAUUGGAGUUCUUGUCUCGUUUCCCUGAAGACUAUUGCGAAAUCCUUUGGUUCGAGAAGUGGAAAAAGUUUUUGCCCAUGGGUCGUGAAGGCGGUAUUGAACUUUCAGAUCUCGGUCGAUGCUCAGCCAAUGCAAAGGAGCUUUACUUUUGCCAGACGGCCAAUACCUUCACUACGGCUAUCAAUGUCAACGCUAUCAGUACCUUGGAUGCCAUGCAUGCAACAAUCGCUUAUCAGAGAGAUAGCCUUGAUGAAAGCAAAAUGGAUAAGUUUGGAGCGACGUUGAUGAAAACGCUAGAGCUUUCCCUUCAGCAGUGA